GAGGUCGGCGGCGGCGCCGCAGUCGUGGAGGGGCGGUGGGAGCGUAAGCGGCCGCGGGCGACGCAAGUUCCGCACGGGGCUCUCUUUUCCUCGUCUCACGCUUCUCCUUCCUCUCGCAUAGUCGCGUGCUGCCUCCCCACGGCGGCUCUUCACGACAAGAGCUUUCGGAGUGCGGUUGCUGAGGAGAAGCCAUCGCCAGCUCGUCUUGGGGCCGAGUGAGGGUGCCUGUCGCACCGCGUCGCCCCCUGCGCUGCCUCCUUGCCCCCAGUGGUGGGCGCCCUUCUCGUUCGAAGCACUCCCCCCAGCUCCAUGAAUGGAAAUCGGCUCCGCAGGACCCGUUGGGGCCCAGCCCCUACUCAUGGUGCCCAGAAGACCUGGCUAUGGCACCAUGGGCAAACCCAUUAAAUUGCUGGCUAACUGUUUUCAAGUUGAAAUCCCAAAGAUUGAUGUCUACCUCUAUGAGGUAGAUAUUAAACCAGACAAGUGUCCUAGGAGAGUGAACAGGGAGGUGGUUGACUCAAUGGUUCAGCAUUUUAAAGUGACUAUAUUUGGGGACCGUAGACCAGUUUAUGAUGGAAAAAGAAGCCUUUACACAGCCAAUCCACUUCCUGUGGCAACUACUGGGGUAGAUUUAGAUGUUACUUUACCUGGGGAAGGUGGAAAAGAUCGACCUUUCAAGGUGUCGAUUAAAUUUGUCUCUCGGGUGAGUUGGCACCUACUACACGAAGUACUGACAGGACGGACCUUGCCUGAGCCACUGGAAUUAGACAAGCCAAUCAGCACUAAUCCUGUCCAUGCCGUUGAUGUGGUGCUACGACAUCUGCCCUCCAUGAAAUAUACGCCUGUGGGGCGUUCCUUUUUCUCAGCUCCAGAAGGAUAUGACCACCCCCUGGGAGGGGGCAGGGAAGUAUGGUUUGGAUUCCAUCAAUCUGUUCGACCUGCCAUGUGGAAAAUGAUGCUUAAUAUUGAUGUUUCUGCCACUGCCUUCUACAAAGCACAACCUGUAAUUCAGUUCAUGUGUGAAGUUCUUGACAUUCAUAAUAUUGAUGAGCAACCAAGACCUCUGACUGAUUCUCAUCGAGUAAAAUUCACCAAAGAGAUAAAAGGUCUGAAGGUUGAAGUGACUCAUUGUGGAACAAUGAGACGGAAAUACCGUGUUUGUAAUGUAACAAGAAGGCCUGCCAGUCAUCAAACCUUUCCUUUACAGUUAGAAAAUGGCCAAACUGUGGAGAGAACAGUAGCACAGUAUUUUAGAGAAAAGUAUACUCUUCAGCUGAAGUACCCACAUCUUCCUUGUCUGCAAGUGGGGCAGGAACAGAAACAUACCUACCUGCCACUAGAAGUCUGUAAUAUUGUGGCAGGGCAACGAUGUAUCAAGAAGCUAACAGACAAUCAGACUUCCACUAUGAUCAAAGCAACAGCAAGAUCUGCGCCAGAUAGACAAGAAGAAAUUAGCAGAUUGGUAAGAAGUGCAAAUUAUGAAACAGAUCCAUUUGUUCAGGAGUUUCAAUUUAAAGUUCGGGAUGAAAUGGCCCACGUAACCGGACGUGUACUUCCAGCACCUAUGCUGCAGUAUGGAGGACGGAAUCGGACAGUAGCAACACCAAGCCAUGGAGUAUGGGACAUGCGGGGGAAGCAGUUUCACACAGGAGUUGAGAUAAAAAUGUGGGCUAUAGCUUGUUUUGCCACGCAGAGGCAGUGCAGAGAAGAAAUACUGAAGGGUUUCACGGACCAGCUACGUAAGAUUUCUAAAGAUGCAGGGAUGCCCAUCCAGGGCCAGCCUUGCUUCUGCAAAUAUGCGCAGGGGGCAGACAGCGUGGAGCCCAUGUUCCGGCAUCUCAAGAACACCUACUCUGGGCUACAGCUCAUUAUUGUCAUCCUGCCAGGAAAGACACCAGUGUAUGCGGAAGUAAAACGCGUAGGAGAUACACUUUUGGGUAUGGCCACACAGUGUGUCCAAGUCAAGAAUGUAAUAAAAACAUCCCCUCAAACUCUCUCAAACCUGUGCCUAAAGAUAAAUGUUAAACUCGGAGGGAUCAAUAAUAUUCUUGUACCUCAUCAAAGACCUUCUGUGUUCCAGCAACCAGUGAUCUUUUUGGGAGCAGACGUCACUCAUCCACCAGCUGGUGAUGGGAAGAAGCCUUCGAUUGCUGCUGUUGUAGGUAGUAUGGAUGCCCACCCAAGCAGAUACUGUGCCACAGUAAGGGUUCAGAGACCCCGACAGGAGAUCAUCCAGGACUUGGCCUCCAUGGUUCGAGAACUUCUCAUUCAGUUUUAUAAAUCAACUCGGUUCAAACCUACUCGUAUCAUCUUUUAUCGGGAUGGUGUUUCAGAAGGACAGUUUAGGCAGGUAUUAUAUUAUGAACUACUAGCAAUUCGAGAAGCCUGCAUCAGUUUGGAGAAAGACUAUCAACCUGGAAUAACCUACAUUGUAGUUCAGAAGAGACAUCACACUCGAUUAUUUUGUGCUGACAGGACAGAAAGGGUUGGAAGAAGUGGCAAUAUCCCAGCUGGAACAACAGUUGAUACAGAUAUUACACACCCGUAUGAGUUUGAUUUUUACCUCUGUAGCCAUGCUGGAAUACAGGGUACCAGCCGUCCUUCACACUAUCAUGUUUUAUGGGAUGAUAACUGCUUUACUGCAGAUGAACUUCAGCUGCUAACUUACCAGCUCUGCCACACUUAUGUGCGCUGUACACGAUCUGUUUCUAUACCUGCACCAGCGUAUUAUGCUCACCUAGUGGCAUUCAGAGCCAGAUAUCAUCUCGUGGACAAAGAACAUGACAGUGCUGAAGGAAGUCACGUUUCAGGACAGAGCAACGGACGAGAUCCACAAGCUCUUGCCAAGGCUGUACAGAUUCACCAAGAUACCUUACGCACAAUGUACUUUGCUUAAAAAGUCCAAGAAUAUUCUCUGAGAGGAAGAACUGAAAGAUGCAUCGACAUACAGCAUAUGUUUCCAGUGGAGUCAGUUGAGUGGGGAUGCCUCCAGCCAUACAGCAACCAACACUGUGUGGGGACCAGGGUCUGAUUUUUAUGUUGAUACAAGGAAGAUUGUUUACUUCAUCAAGGAACACAGCACCAUUAUGCAAUAUGAAACCAGCCAACUGCUUUUUUGUGCGGUCUCCUUAGGAAGUAUCGCCAUUGUUUUGUUUUCACUUUCUUGUAGUCUAACCCUUUUAAUGCCUUUACCUCAAGUUGCUUGGCAGCACAACUAUCUUUGCAAAAAAAAGUAAAGAAAAAGUAAAUGACAGUUUAAAAAAAACACACACCUAUAUGAAUAAUCAAAGUGAUUGUUCACAAUUAUGUGUGCAAAAAAAUUA